GUCCAGGGAGGAUCUAGUCCCCACUGAAUCGCGUCGCUCUUGGCUGCUACCGACCCCCGUCCGAGAUGCCUUCGGACCGGCCUUUUAAGCAGCGGCGGAGCUUCUCUGAUCGUUGUAAAGAGGUACAGCAGAUCCGAGAACAGCAUCCAAACAAAAUUCCGGUCAUUAUUGAAAGAUAUAAGGGGGAGAAGCAGCUGCCUGUGUUGGAUAAGACCAAAUUUCUAGUCCCCGACCAUGUCAACAUGAGUGAAUUGGUAAAAAUAAUCCGGCGCCGGCUGCAGCUGAAUCCGACUCAGGCCUUCUUCCUGUUGGUGAACCAGCACAGCAUGGUGAGCGUUUCCACCCCCAUCUCUGAGAUCUAUGAGCAAGAGAAGGAUGAAGAUGGCUUCCUCUACAUGGUCUACGCCUCGCAGGAGACCUUUGGCUACUGAGCAUUUAUCGCCACCAGAGGACUGACUCCAAACUGUUGCAUCAACAUCCCUGCCUCCCCGACACUCCCCACCUUGGCAAACCGGUGCAGAGAGAGGCUUGCGGCUCAGGAGCAGUUCAGAAGCAACCUGGGCUCCUCCAAUUUUGCAGUGCAACAGACCAAGAUAGUUCGGUGUGCGCGACCCACGAGUCUACUUUUUUCUUGCCAUUGUCUCUGCCCUUAUGUGCAGCAUUCUUUGCUCCCUCCUGCCUUCUGCGCUCUCCCUCUCUCCCUUCUCUGUUGUCAUUAUGCUCUUUUUCUUAGUCCAAUGCCAAAUGGUUGGAGCUUGUGGCAGGCAGAGGAAGAAAAGAAACUGUUUCCUCACCUGCUGAACUUCUGUUUAAAGGACAGAAAGUCUGAAGACAAAAACAAAUGAAAAAGUAAAUAACUAUCAUUGCUCUUGCGGUUUUAAUUGAUUUUAAUUACUCGCAUAUCAAUUCUUGGUGCUACAGAGUAGAUGUAGGCAUCUUCUACAAGACUGUGUAUAAUGUAUAUCUUUUAGAUUUAUUUUAUUAUUUUUUAAGCACGAUGGGGGUAUAUAAUUUGCUUGUAUUAUGUAGGUUUAAAAAACAAACCCAAGCUUCUUUGCACUUUAAGAUGUAGUAGAAGUGAGAAUGGAAUUAGCUUAAUUUUCACAGAUGUGUCGUACCCUGUGCUGCUUCUCUGUCAAAAAUUUGUACUUGUCUUUUUAGGGUUUGUUUUGUUUUUAAAGCCAGACUCUCUUCCUUUCUUGCAUGCAUGGAUUUUUCCCCUUUUUCUAUUUUAGUCCCAUUGUGACAAACAGACCAUUCACUCAAGGAAUGUAUUGAUUUAUAUUGCUACUUUUUUCUUUUCUUUUUUUAAAUUUAUGAUACCAAAAAAGUGUGUAUGACAAGGAAAAAAAAUCCACCCAGUCAAAUCUAUACAAAUAUCUAUAUAAAUAAAAAAUAAAUUAAAAUUG